UGCUAACGAAGAUAUCACGAUGCUUCACACUUGACUGCCUCAUUAUCAGAAGCGAGACGAGUCAGCCACGAUAGCCCACGGCGGAGGUCUCGGCCCAUGCCGCGCUGUUGCCUUGGACACGCGUUGGUGACAAUGGCGACUGUGCGAUGCCCCGGAUCGUGGAGAGCCAAAAAAUAAAAUAAGAUAUAACCAACACACACAAGCGGGUGGCGACAGCAAUAUGCCGAACAAGCGUGUGGCGUCAGCACUAGCCAGGAUAUCACCGCAGCACGCACGCGUCGCCGAUGCCAAUUUACAAACAUUUCUGGCACUGUGUGGGUUGACUGCGUUUGGAUCAAGGCAUAGAUAUGUUGUGCUGAUAGCCUGUUUUCUCGACUGACUGUACUCAUUUCAAGGUGUAUAUUACCGUGGUAUGGAGUUUAAUAAAUAUCCAACCCUCUGGGACUACUGCUUCUAGAUGGUUGACCGAUAAACGAACUAUCCUGUUCCUGAAACCCAGGUUUGUCGCUUUGAGAUGACAAAUCAACUCGCGUGCGGCUUUCCCUCGAUAAAGCCAGGUACUUUACCAAGCAUUACUGCCUGAUCAAUUACCUCAAGAGGGCAAAAUGAGGGGCACCAAGUCCCACCUGGGCGGGGGGGAGACCCCAAUCAUCACGGCGGACAUGGAGACCGGCCAGGAGCUGGAAAUGAGUACCACAGACGCGGACAUAGCCAAGAUGAAGCGUAGGGAGCGGAGAAAGAGCCGGCAGUCCGUGGGCGACUUCUGGUACCAGUGCCUGCCAGGAUGGCUCCGCUACCAAUUCAAAUCGCCCUCAAUGGAGGCGACCUACCAGACCUACUUCACAAGGCAGAGGAGGGACGCUCUGCCGGUUCUCGCCGGCUUUGCCCUGCUCUUUGACCUCGUGGUUCUCGCCCUGUACAUCUACAAGAAACUGACUGUGGCUAUAGCCAUUAUGGCCAUCACCACCGUUACCAAUCUGAUAGUGUUCGCUUUGUGCCAAUACAAACUUGUAACGGAUUGGACCCUCUUGCACAUCAUGCCGUACGCGGUCUGGCUCCUCCUGACGGGACAGACAGCAGUCGACUUGUUCUUUUUCUAUAAGCCAUUGUCGCCCAGUGAUGGUGUUGGGUGGCAGGUGUUCUUCAUAUUCGCCUCCUUCGUCAUGUUGCCGGUCCGGCUUAGGUACAUUCUGGUGCUAAGUCUUCUCAAUAUUGUUGUGCACAGUGUUAUGGUGGGAGUGUUAUCCAGGGUUUAUGUCUCCAAUCUAGGAGUGCAGCUGGCGUCCAACCUGAUGUUGUACGCAUGCUCCAUGAUCGUCGGCUGCAUCGUGUUUUUAAUGGCCGACAGGAAACAGAGGCGAGCGUUCGUGGAAACCAAAGCGGCCUUAGAGAUCAAACUUACGCUACAGGAGCAAAGCACGCAACAGGAAGAGCUCCUGCUCUCUGUAUUGCCCAAGCAUGUUGCUGACGAUAUGAUGAAGGACAUGGGUACGGUCAACAAGGGACAGUUCAAUAGAAUCUACAUUAAGAGACACGAAAACGUCAGCAUCCUCUUUGCUGAUAUCGUGGGAUUCACGGCCAUGUCCUCCAAGAUGUCUGCAAAGGAACUUGUCAAAACGCUCAAUGCCUUAUUUGCAAAUUUUGACAAGCUGGCUGAGAAACACCACCAGCUGAGGAUCAAGAUCUUAGGCGACUGUUAUUACUGUAUUUGUGGUGUUCCAGAGCAGCGACAGGAUCAUGCUGCUUGCUGUGUACAGAUGGGGCUUGACAUGGUGGUAGCAAUCGCCGCCGUGAGGGAAAAAACGCAGUCUGGAGUGGACAUGCGUGUUGGAAUCCACACUGGCGCCGUGCUGGCCGGGGUCAUGGGUCAACAGAGGUGGCAGUUUGACGUAUGGAGCACCGCGGUGGUGCUGGCCAAUCACAUGGAGUCUGGCGGCAUACCUGGUCGUGUGCAUAUCUCGCAGGACACCUUUGGGUGCCUGAACGGUGAGUUCGAGGUUGAACCAGGCGAGGGGGAGACACGCGACGAUUAUAUCAAGGACCAAGGUAUCAAGACCUAUCUCAUUAAGGUCAACAAGGACAACGUAAAGAAAGCCGCUGCUUUUACCUCCAUCAUUCUCUCAGACGAUGGAUCAACGACGAAGAGGUCAGAGGAAGAGGAAAGUGACGUAAAGGCUAAUGAUGCAAACGGCAAGACUGUUACCUUUGACGAGGAGGUACCAGAACCAAAGCCCGAUGAAGGGAUUACCAAUCGUAAACUGUACGAGGCACUAGUGGAGAGAGAAGCAGACGCAGCAAAGACGAGCGGCAUGCGGAGGUUUUCCCUCUGGUUUCGGGAUAAGACUUUGGAGGACACAUUCCACCGGGAAAAAGAGCGACAGAGCCCUGUGGGUUUUUGCUGUGCCAUCAUCAUCAUGGUCUUUGGCUUCUGUGUGCAGAUGAUGGUCUUGCCGAGAACCACAGCGAGUUACGUCACAUUUGCCGUAGGCUUAUUUUUGUUAGUCCUGAUCUUCUACAUAUCGAUGGCAACUAGCUUCAAGAACAGGUACCCAGACACACUAGUCUGUGUGUCAAGCUGGAUGGAGAGUACGUAUGUGGCAAGGACACUGAUCGUCACGUGUGUCGCAGUCAUCGUUGCUGCAUCUGAUGUUGUUGACAUGGUUGUAUGCGAGCUGGGGGACUCCAAAAUUGAAACUCUGGACACACAGAGCCCAAUGUGCAUAUACGGGCGAUAUUACACAUACACGGGUAUACUGGUUCUGGUCACCAUCACUGUGAUGAUACAUGUUACGCAGUUCAUCAAGAUGAUUCUGAUCCUGCUUAUUGGCUUGGUGUAUACCCUCCUCAAUCUCGUCUUCUACAAGGAAAUAUUUAUCAGAUACGACAAUUACCAAUUAGAGCAAGUGAGCACGCUAAGCCUAACUGAUAAUCCCAAUGAGUUUCCCAGUCGUUACGUUAUCACAUACCAGCUUCUCGCAGCCGGCUUUGCACUUAUCUUCUACAACAGAUUUCUAGAAGUCACCAAUAGGUUACUCUUUUACUGGAAGUACGAGACGCGGAAACAAAAAGAAGAAGUUGGCAAAUUACGGAUACGAAACGAGGUGCUGGUUCUGAACAUCAUGCCCAUCCACGUGGCCAAGCACUUCUUACGGAACAAACGGAAAGACGAGGAUCUCUAUGCCCAGGACUACCCGGAGGUUGGUGUUAUGUUCGCCUCUAUCCCAAACUUCUCCGAAUUCUACAGCGAGGAUACCAUCAACAACCAAGGCACAGAGUGUCUCCGGUUCUUGAAUGAAAUCAUCAGCGACUUUGAUACGCUUCUGAAAGCAGUUCGUUUCCGGAGCAUCUGCAAGAUCAAGACGAUCACCAGCACCUACAUGGCGUCGUCGGGGAUGGUGGCUGAGCCGGAGAAGAUUAUUUACGAGGGAGAGCAGGAGCGCUGGCAACACCUUGCCGAUCUCGUCAACUUUGCCUUCGCUCUCAGGGACACCUUGGACACCAUUAACCAGCAGUCGUUCAACAACUUCAUCAUGAAAGUCGGUAUCAAUCAUGGUCCAGUUCUUGCUGGAGUCAUUGGAGCCAGGAAACCACACUACGAUAUCUGGGGGAAUACAGUUAACGUAGCCAGCCGCAUGGAAAGCACAGGGAAAGCAGGAUUUAUCCAGGUUAUUGAAGAAACAAUGAAGGUACUGAAGAGGUUCGGUUUCAAGUUUCAGCAGAGGGGUUACGUCAAGGUUAAGGGCAAAGGUGAACUCUUGACCUUUUACCUAAUUGGUAAGGAGGAGAAGGAUGACCUGCUACCAAAUAUGAUCGUAUAAUGCAACACAAACUCGAAAGACUAUACUGUUUUAGAAACGUUGCAUAGCCCAAUUGAAGGAGCAAAAGCGGGAAAGAGAACCCUUGGAGAGUUGACUGAGAUGCUCGAGUCUGAAGGCUUCGUAGUCUGAAGGUUCGAAGAAACGCUUCCAAGCAGUGCACCCAAGUGAUGUCAUUAACGAAGGUACAAAAUGUUCAAGCGUUCGCAAGAGAAACACACUGACCGAUUUGAAGCCCUAUGCAUUUUUCUCAAUUAUCUUACUUAUCUUACACAUCUGCUUACUUGAGGAAAUUGUGCCUUCGUCCUAAAGAGUUAAUAGGGUUCGUUUAUUCAAAGUUUUGUUUCUCGUUUAGAUUCAAUUAAAUUUGUUGUAUAAAUACAAACAUUACAGUUAUUGUGUAUACUUUUAACAAGGCGAAUUGUAAAUGAUGUAUAGUAUUCCACUACAACGCUUUAAAGGGACAAUUCAUUUUGAACUGUCGGUUUUCAUAUUUUUGAGAACUUGCCGUUGAACAAAAACGAACACAAAACAAGAAAAACACAUGAGCAAACAAAUGAAUAACGCUUAUUGAAGGUCGACGGUUUGUAGAUACAUACACAACCGAUUUGAGACCAUUCAAUUUGAGUUUACCUACCAAACAACUUGAAAGCAGCAUAAUCUCAUCAAACAAUGUAUAUGUUUUGGGUCUUUAUCCUGCACAUUCAAUACACCAAAAAAAACCUUUUUUUCACGUGGUAUUCACUUGAAAUUCUAGGUGAUGUAAAUUAAUGUACACAGUAUAAAUUAUUUGAAUAUAUCGUUGAAACUCAUUGUACAUUUUGUCACAUUUGCAAUAACACCCAAACUGUGCAAUUUAUCAUUUUUUGUUAAAAUUAUAUAACAUUUUACUAUACAAAUGUUAUUUACGUGGCACGGUUAUUUUAUGUAUAUCAGCACAUAUAUCGAUAACUAUCUUCUUUCAAAAUAAGACUUUGGUUUUCCAUAAGAACCUUAAAGUUAACAUUUUUGCAGUUAUACAGCGUCCUAUUUAUUCCUGAUGUCCAAAUGACACUUUUGCAUCAUUGCAUAUUUUGAUCUGUUGAAAAGGCUCAUUUUUACAUUCAACUUAACCGAUGUCAAAAGUUCGUAAAAGUAUUAAUUUCAACUAGAGCAAAUGAUUCAGUUUAUGUAUCUGACGUACACUCUGCAAACCUCAAGGAGUACUUGACUUUGCGAAGGUUGCACACAGCAAUGUUAUGAACGUGCAGAGUACAAUACAUCUUUCUCUUGCUAUGUCGCAAUCAGGGGUUUGCCCCCACCACUGUUUGAUAAACUAUUGCUGGCCAGGUAAAGCAAACUAAUAAUUCGUAAAAUAGCUUAAAAUAUCUUACGCAUCCGUCAUAAACACGAACUGAUAAAUACUUCCAAAUUACUCGAAACCUGUUUCCAGACAAAGGUGAACUGUCUGCAAGCUCUGCUCACCCAUAUCAAGCAUCAUCUCAGCAGAAAUUAUGAAUGUACUAGCUGCCAGCAAAGUCACAUUAUUCACAGGAUGGUUUCACGCUGGAAUUUAAGCCCAUUCUGUGUACUGUGCUUGUGGGAACAGUAUUAAAAUUUGUUUAAGUACACUUGAUGGUGUUUGUUGUUAAGUGCCUUGAACCUGCCUGUAGCCUACAUCAGGCUGAUCCUUCUAGCGUGGUUUAGUCUCUUGCAUAAAGUAAAAUUCUGGAGUGAUGCAAACUCAUCAUAGGUUUGCUACAUUCUUAAACAGAAUGUGCUAAAUGAAAUUCUGAUGUUGCAGUACUCUCACCUAUACAUUUGUGUGAAGAAUAGCUCAUGUCGUAACGAACUCAUUCAGUAAAGUGUUUAUUAAAUAUUCUAAAGACGCUGUAUAUUUGUUGUUGGAAUUAGUAUGUUGUUUCAGUCCUGUUUGUAUUUCUUAAUUUGGGGGCUCAUGACCAUGUGCCUAUUGCACAUCAACUGAUAUAUUUUUGAACCUAUUCCUAACGCAAACUUACCUGGCUAUCAUUCUAUACAUUUCUGGUGUAAGUUUUACAAUCGCUAUUUUGUAGUAGAUGAUAUUAUUUGAGCAACAUUUAAUUUUUACAUGAUGCAUUAGUUAUAAAAACGUUCAAUUGACGUUUGUUUUUGUAUUUUCCUAAAUGUUAGUGUUCACUUCAGAAGCGAUUAUCAGCAACAUGUCCCCCCAGGUUUACGUGCCCACGAUGAAUAAAGUAUGGCUGAAAAAGUCACUUAAUAAUGAUAUACUGUCUGCAAAAUUUAAUCAAAAUGAUCUCUAAAGCCGUUACAGCAUUUAUAGAAGAAUGAAAUUUAAAAGAAAACAACUCGUUUUGCUUCUCAACAAUCCACUGCCAACUUUACCCUUUAAGAAAACACAGAAAACAGAAACAUUAUGAUGAUACGGUUACGUGUCACUCGGGAGACAAAGUUCAUCGUACUGACAAGGUAGCGUGUUGGAAUGAUGUAUGUUUUGUAUGCGUUUGUUGUUUGUUAUAGAGGUAGCAAGUGACCACCGUUUCAAUCAUGUGAGCAAGCAUAUUUAGUAGUGCCUUAACACGGUCGUUUAGAAUUUCAAGUUCAAACGAAACAAAAACCAUAUUUGUAAGGACGUUGGUUGUCAAUUUAUGCGGUAAAUUUACUGCUGAUAUUUAUAACUUUUAUGUCUUACUCCAGUGAGCACACAUCACAAUGAUUUCAAAUAAAGGUGUUUAUCUUCA